GAGCCCGUGCGCGCCGACGUCUAACUCUUCGCGCCCGGUUUGGUGGCCCGGGGUCGGCUGUUCGAAGGGUAGUGCUUACUCGUUUUUUUGCUCCCCCUUACAGCUGUUCCUUUUAUUAGGCGUCCUGACUCCCAGGGAUCUUUCUGGCCCGUCCUGGGGGGGUCCAAGAUGGACAAAGUCUGUGCGGUGUUUGGAGGCUCCCGGGGGAUCGGCAGGGCUGUAGCUCAGCUCAUGGCACAGAAGGGCUAUCGUCUGGCGAUCGUCGCCAGAAACCUGGACGUGGCCAGAGCCACCGCCGGCGAGCUCGGCGGAAACCAUUUGGCAUUUAGCUGUGAUGUCGCUAAAGAACAGGAUGUUCAGAAUACAUUUGAAGAGAUGGAGAAGCAUUUAGGUCCAGUAAAUUUCUUGGUAAAUGCAGCUGGUAUUAACAGAGAUGCUCUUUUCGUAAGAACAAGAACCGAAGAUAUGGUGUCUCAGCUUCACACUAACCUCUUGGGCUCCAUGCUGACCUGCAAAGCUGCCAUGAGGACGAUGAUUAAGCAGGGUGGCUCCAUCGUUAAUGUAGGAAGUAUCAUUGGUUUCAAAGGCAACGUGGGCCAGUCGGCGUACAGCGCCAGCAAAGGCGGGCUCAUUGGGUUUUCACGCUCACUCGCUAAGGAGGUCGCGCGGAAGAAAAUCAGAGUCAAUGUGGUUGCUCCAGGAUUCAUUCACACGGACAUGACAAAGCACUUGAAAGAAGACUAUUUAAAGAAAAACAUCCCUCUUGGGCGCUUUGGAGAUGCUCUUGAAGUGGCGCAUGCGGUUGUCUUUCUUUUGGAGUCGCCGUACAUCACAGGACAUGUUCUGGUUGUGGAUGGAGGAUUGCAGCUCACCGUCUGAUUAGAGAUGAUUCCGUGCUGAUGGCUCAUGACUGGGGUCACAUGCACAUUUUUCUAUUAAUUAGGCUAUCAUAGCUCUGUGGGUGACAUUUGUUACUAAAAAUGGUUCUAUCUUUGUAUGAACAUUUUCAAAAGAACAAUGUAUGACCGGUUGUAAUCUAAAAGGUAUGAAUCCUCUAUCUUUAGAGGUCAUAGCAAUUUUAGUACAUAGACAUUUUGUAAGAGAUAUGCAUCAGUAUUUGUAUUUUUGCCUUGAAAACAGAAAAUUCUGUUGUCUGAUUGUGAUCUAGUUUAAGUGUAUCAAGCUGGAUUUUUAAGACACAGACUUUGUGCUCUUGCUAAAAUAAGAGUAUUUACAGAAGAUUGAGAUCAAUUUUUUUUUGUCAGUUACUUUUUGUUGCUGUGGUAAAACACCAUAACCAAAAGCAACUUAGAGGGGGAAAGGGUCUCUUGAUGCUUUUGGUUCCAGAGGGAUGGAAUCCAUCUUGGCAGGGCAGUCAGGGAAAGCAUGGUAGUAGGAACCGGAAGCUAGCUGCUCACAUGUCUUCCAUACACAGGAAGCACAGAGAGGAAAGAGGAAGUGGAGCCAGGCUGUAAAACCUCAGAGCCCACCCCCAGUGACAUACUUCCUCUAGCAAGGCUUCACCUCCUAAAGGUUCCAUGACCUUUCCAAACAGUGCCACCGAGUAGGGACCAAGUGUUCAGUUGUGAAUCCAUAAGGACAUUCCUCAUUCAAAUCAGCAGACAGUGCUUGAGCAGCCUUGCUAAGGCUCGCCUUUAUGUUCUGGUUUGGGUUCUGAGGCAGGAUUUCACAGUGUGGGCCAGGCUGACCACAGUGUGAGCCUUUCUGUCCUCUUGGCUGUAAUCUCCCUAGGGCUGGGAUUCCUGGUGUGUACCACCAUACCUUGUGUGUAAUAUUGCAUAUGUGUGUGCAUAGGCAAUCACUUGUUUAAUACAGUUGAGAAGAAAUGUCAGUUAAAGAGAUGCACUUAGAGAGGAUUUUUCUUCUCCACCAUACAUCCUGUCUCACACCACCCUUCCUCCUGUUUCUUCUCUACCCGACUCCCCUCUUCUUCAUCUUCUUUCUGAGCCAGGAUCUUGUUCUGUAGCCCUGGAUGGCCUGAACUUACUAUGUAUCCCAUGCUUGCCUUGGACUUAGCGCUGUCCUUCUGCCUUACUGUCCCAAAUGCCUUAGACUUGACUCGUGUGUGUGUGUGUGUGUGUGUGUGUGGUGUAUAUGUGCAUGUGUGUAUGUGUGAGGGUUUUUUUGUGUAUGUAGUGUAUGUAUGUGUAUAUGUAGUGUGUGUAUGUAGUAUAUAUAUAUAAUUAUAUAUAUAUGUGUGUGUGUGUGUGUGGUAUGAUGUGACCAGAAGAGGACAUUGGUGUCCUCCCUCCUUGUUGACUUGAGGUGGGCUGUCCGUGAACUAGAGCCUCCCUGUUUUAGCUACGGUGACUAGCCAGUGAGCUCUUGAAGUCUCGCUGUCUUUGUCCUCAGUACCGGGGUCACAGGUGUGUCUGGGCAUGCUCGGCUUUCUCCAGGGGUGCUGGGGUUACACAGCAAGUGCUCCUAUCUCUUCAGUCGUCUCUACAGCCAAGACCUGGAUUCUUAGAGCGAUGGUGCUUUUCACAGAACAGCUCAGCAAAAUCCCGUGCUGCUGUAAGUGCGUGCAGUGGACUCUCUCUCCAGCAGUUACUGAGGAUGGUAAGGAUGAGUCCCUAAGGUGCCUGCGAUAGUUAUGAGCCACACAGAUCGUGAACUUACGUAGUUUUUCUCUCAGAACAACCUCAGGUUAGCUAGCAACUUGAAAACACUAUGAAGAAUUGGGUGUGGUGGUGUAUGCCCUGUAAUCCCAGCACUCAUGAGGUGAAGGCAGGAUGACCAAGAACUCAAAGUCAACCUGGUCUACAUAGUUCUGGACAGUUUGGUUUGGUCUUGUCUCACACCAAAGUGCAAAAUUAUAGUCAGGUGUGAUUGCAUUUGCUUUUAAUCCUAACACACACACACACACACACACACACACACACACACACACGCAUAUACACAUACACAUGUACACAUACACACAUAAAUAUAAUUAAGAAUAUUUUGCAUUAGUGGAUAUAAAAAUGAUUCAGCUCCAAAUCUUAGAAUGGUAAUGAAUAAUUACACUUAUAUAAUCAUAAAAGUGUGCAGUAAGAAUGUAUUAUUGUUUUCACUAGAGAUAAUGCAUGGGCUUUUUUUCAGUGGUGCUGGGAUCAAUCCCAGGGCCUGCCAGGUGCCAAGCAAGAGUUUUACCAUUGACCAUCCUCCUCAGCCUUGAAAGCAUUGGUCUUAGAAGAGAUGAAGAUGUAUAACUGAAUACAAUAUAGAUAGCAUUCUUAUUGCCUGAACUCUUGUGGGGAAUAAUAAACUAUUUCUAUAUACUAGA